AUUCAAAAUACUCUUCAGAUUAUGGUUCACUCUCACUAUGUAAUAUACUACUCAGGUACUGCACAAACAUUCUCAAGAAUGGAACAAAUACUUUUUUUUUUUAAAGAUAAACUAAUUGGACUAUUGGUUUACCUGUGGUUCCUAUCUCAAAGCUUCUUGGCUGAGAAUGGGUUUAAUGAUUACCAUUUAUAACCUCUGUACUUAAGCUGCUGCUCGCUUCUGCAUGUUCUGGUUUCAGACAUGGACAUUUCUUGCAGUCUAACUGGUUGGUAAAUCUAACGGGAGAAAUAAAGAAAUACACUAGACAAAGAUCCCUGCAGCCUGAAUGACACCAAGCAAAUAUAAAUAAGAACAAAACAUUCAGUAGAAGACAUUCACCCUGAGUCAACAUGGAGAAGACCGGUGACUCCUUUUGAGGCAAAGAGCUGCUAAGUAGACAAUUACAGGAGACAACACUUGGUUUAGCAGACACUUGCAUCUCCAAGGAACUGAGAAGGCCUAACUUAAAGAAGAUCAGAAAGAAAGUCUCCUAGAUAAGAAAACAGACUAGAUUAAAUCUGUCUGGACCUCCGGAGAAAUUCAAAGGAGGGACUAAAAUUGCUCCAGAAAGGAAAUCCUCUCAACUGAAUGUAACCCAAGACAGAAGACAGAAAGACACUGAUCACCAGAGAUUUCAAUAAGUCAACAAAAUGGGUGAAGGCAACUUGAGGAGAAGAAAAGCAGAGGACAACGGGAAUGAGGAUGGACAGUCUAUUCGGAGUCAUGAACCCCAAACAAUGAACCUACAAAAACAGGUGGGCCUCAUCAGUGGAAUCUCUAUGAUUGUUGGUACAAUUAUUGGCUCUGGCAUUUUUGUUUCUCCAAAAUCAGUACUUGCCAAUGUUGGAGCUGUGGGUCCUUGUUUAACCAUCUGGGCAGCCUGUGGAAUUAUUGCAACAUUAGGGGCACUUUGUUUUGCUGAGCUUGGUACAAUGAUCACAAAAUCCGGGGGAGAAUAUCCUUACCUUAUGGAGGCAUUUGGCCCAAUUCCAGCAUUUUUGUUUUCUUGGACAAGUUUACUGGUCACAAAACCCAGCUCAUUUGCAAUCAUUUGUCUCAGCUUUGCGGAAUAUGCAUCAGCUCCUUUUUAUCCUGGUUGUGACCCACCCCAAGUUGUCAUCAAGUGUCUUGCAGCAGCUGCCAUUGUGAUAAUUACAAUAGUGAAUUCACUGAGUGUGAAGCUGGCAAGCUACCUGCAAAAUUUUCUCACGGCUGCUAAAAUGAUCAUUGUCACAAUCAUUAUUGUAAGUGGAAUUGUUCUCCUUGCACAAGGAAAAACUGAAAACUUUGAAGAUUCUUUCAAGGACAGUAAAAUUUCCAUUAGUUCUAUUGGUUUGGCAUUUUAUAAUGGACUGUGGGCAUACGAUGGAUGGAAUCAACUCAAUUAUAUCACAGAAGAACUUAAAAAUCCUUACAGAAAUCUACCGCUAUCUAUAAUUAUUGGGAUCCCCUUGGUUACAGUUUGUUACGUUCUGAUAAACAUUUCAUAUUUCACCGUAAUGACUUCAACAGAACUCCUGCAGUCCCAGGCAGUUGCUGUGACAUUUGGAGACAGAGUCCUUUAUCCAGCCUCUUGGAUAGUUCCUCUCUUUGUGGUCUUUUCUACAAUUGGAUCUGCCAAUGGGACCUGUUUUACUGCAGGAAGACUUGUUUAUGUUGCAGGUCGUGAAGGACACAUGCUAGAGGUGCUGUCUUACAUUAGUGUUAAGCAUUUAACACCAGCCCCUGCUAUCAUAUUUUAUGGGGCCAUUGCUAUUAUUUAUAUUAUCCCUGGUGACAUUGACACACUCAUCAAUUACUUCAGUUUCGCAGUCUGGACAUUUUAUGGUUUAACUGUUCUUGCACUCAUUGUUAUGAGGUUUACAAGAAAGGAACUCAGGAGACCAAUCAGGGUACCCAUCAUCAUUCCAGUCAUAGUGACAGUAGCCUCCAUUUUACUGGUGUUGGCACCAAUUGUCAGUGCACCGGAACUGGCCUAUUUGUACUGUGUUUUAUUUAUACUUAGUGGACUUGUAGUUUACGUACUUUUUGUUCAUCUUAAAUUCAAGUGGCCCCAAAAAAUAUCAAGGCCCAUCACUAUGCACCUUCAGAUGCUUUUGGAAGUUGCUCCAGCAGAGGAAGUUCCCGAAUGAAAUAUUUCAUAUGUACCAGGUUGGUUUUAGGUGCUAUACUGGUUGAAAGAGAUUCAAGUUGUUUUGGCACACGUUUAUACUUUCUAAAUUGUUAUGUUCAUACUGGUGUAUUAUUUUUGCAACACUUUAGUACUUGAAACAUAUUAAAUAUAUAAAAAGAUUCCUGAGCCAGA